UUAUUAUUUUAUAUUUUGUAUAUUUUUAUUACAUUAUAUAAUAAUAUAAUAAUAUAAGAAAAUAAAAUUCAUGACAUUUUUAUUAGGUAUUUAAAGCAAGCAAGAUUUAAAAUUUCAAGAACUAUCAGAAAACGGAACAGAAUGUUCUUUUGUCAAUCGGCAUUCAUUUAUCGGUAUCUAAGGUCUUUCUGGACACGCGCACGUCGCACUUUUACAAAUGUUCCGUUCGUUUUAAACGUCAUACAGGAUUCAUUUAUACUAUAUAUAUUUGUAUUACUUUUUAUUUUACGCGAGAAAAACGGCAAGAAAGUUUUCCGCCAUUAUUAUGUCAAUCCAGCAAAUCACUCUUUGAACGUAUUACGUAUCAUGCGAGGUGAUUUCGCACGUUAUGACAACCAGUUCGACACUACUACAACUGCUGAAGAAGAUUCGUAUAUUUCUUCGGAAUUUGAUUUAUUAAAUUCAAGACUGAUAAAACCUUAUCAAAGAUCGCAAUUUGCACGUCGAGUAUUGAGGAAAAAGAAAAAUGUUCAACUAAAAUUUUUCGGAUUGCCAUCGAGAUCGUUGCAUCGUCAUCAACAUCCGAUUGUCAAUAAACAGAUUAGUGAAGCAAAAUUACCUACCAACAAGAACAGUCAGAUUACUAUCCCACAAGAUAUUUUAAAUAUCGAAUCUUCCCCUUCGUGUGUUUGCCUAAAAAAGUUGGAGUCACAAAUAAUUUUCGAAGAAAGGUAUUCGAGCGAAAACGAGAGGUUCAAUCAUAAAUUUAAAGAGGAAGCCUGGCGCCUAAUGCAUUGUGCUAACAAUAGGAAGGGAAGAAGUACACCGCGGAUCGUAAGAGCCAUUCGACGCAACAGUAAGAAACUUGAUAAUACAGCAAAUCGAUCGCUGACGAUCGAUCGACCACGAACGAGUAAAAGCAGUGUCGUUGUACUGUAUCACGGAAGAUCCAAUACUCCUCCGUCAUCCUCGUCGAAAGCUCUGGUGCAUUUAGCAAAAUCCGAUCAAACAAUAGCGGAAAUAUCGCAACCGACAGCUGCAAGUCCUACGUUAUCUGACAAGACAAAAGUAAUUGAAACUCCAGAAACUCUAUCUCCAAGAUAUCCGCUAUGUCGACGAAGAACCGCUUCUAAAAGGUAUCGUCGUGCGUCGAGGCCUCACCUGAAUGUGAAUAUUUAUCCGCCCGCAAAUCCGGUGGAACGUAUUGCGUCACCGUCACGACGUCAUCGCGCUGUCUUCGAGAGACGGAUAGAGGUAAAUUCCAAGGAUAAGAAAUUUCAAUGCGCAGCCAAGCAUUCCGCAGAUUCUGGCGAGUCGCGAGAACGGAUAGUUGCUUGUCACAAAAACGAGAUUAAUCGAAAAUCAGAGAAGCGUAUUGAAGAGAGAACUUGGAAGAGACAAUGCUCGCCCAUUGAAGUUGCCGUUUCGAAACCUAUGGACUAUCAUCCAAAACGAGCGGAAACGGAUGGUGUAAAGCAGCGAAGGCAAUCAGCGUUGUGCUCGAGCCGGGCUUUUCCGGCGCAGCAAACGCACAUCAAAGAACCAGGCAUUAAUUCGACAUUUAUCAGCGUGAACGAGGGUGACGAGGCGAAUCGCGUAUUUCCGUUUCAAGCUACACCGAGCGGUAAUCUAAAAAUCAUCCCAAAUCAGGUGGUGUUCGAGUCGAAGAAAUUCAGUGUUCUCGUCGCUGAUCCGCGACACACGAAGGUGAACGUCAAGGCAGAGUUCAGCCGAUCUGGUGUCGACGUUGGGCCAUCUGUCCUCGGUUCUUCGAAUCGUAUAAGGUACAUCGAUCUCCCUCCUGGCGUUACACCGUCGACGAUCAAUCAGUUGCAAGCUCAAAAGAAGUUACCCUAUAUCGACGCGAAUUACCGAUCACGAACACAACCAAGCGCGAAGUUCCAUCCAUCCGAAAUGGAACAAAAGCAACCAGCAUCUUAUCAGAUACCGCCACUGAACGAAGUACCACUCUCUUCUUUAGGAUUUACAAAUGAAGAACCAAUCAAGUGGGACAGCAUAAUACUUCCAGAGAAGACCGAUUUGUAUCAAGAAUUAGCUAGGCGUAUCACAAAUUAUAAGAAUGCCGACUGUAUCGUUCAAAUUGACCAAGAUGAAUUCUACUGUCACCUCCUCGUCUUGCAAAGUUACAGUACGUUUUUCGAUGAGAAGAAGAAUUGCAAGAACAUUAACUUAUCGGAUAGCAACGUCACUGCCAAGGCUUUUUCUAUCAUUUAUGACUGGAUGAUCAGUCCAAUCAAUGAAAGUUAUCAGCUUUUACGAAGAGAUAACAUUUUAGAUAUCUUUAUGGCUGCACAAUAUCUUGGUAUCAAAGAAUUAGAAGAGCAAUGCUGGGCAUUCAUUGAUAACGAUGAGCUUUUCUCGGAGGAUACGGCUUUCUUGUUGUACUUGGAAGCAAAAAAGAUUGGGAACACUGCCGUGAUGGAGCUUAUGGUUCCAAGAAUCAUGAAAUUUUUCUUGGUGCUUGUUAGCACGAAGGAUUUUUUAGAAUUAUCAGUGGACGAACUGUGUUUACUACUGAAAUCCAAUUAUAUUAGCGUGAAUAGCGAAAUGGAAGUCUUGAUGUCUGCCGUAAGAUGGUUGAUGCAUGAUUGGAGCGAAAGGAAACAAUACAUGCUGGAAGUACUUAAAUGUGUUCGAUUUGGUCUUAUAGCUCCGUGGCAAUUGGUAGACGUCAAAAGAAAUCCCGAAAAUCCAGAAUUUAUGGAACUGAUGUCUUAUCCCGAAGUGCAAAAAAUGGUGGAUGACGGACUUGCAUUCGUUAUUAUAAAAUAUUGGUAUGGCAAUCAAACGGAAGAUUAUUAUCACUGGAUCGAUCUACUUGGACUUAACGAACCGACCAACCGUAAUUGGGCGGGAGAGGACAAGAAUUAUGUCACUUAUCGUGAAUUUCUACUGUAUCUCGAGGAAUAUCAAAAAACAAAUAUUGCCGAACUGAGAACGCGCAAAACACGAACGAGACCCACACCUCCCAGUUCUCCUCCUAAAGAUUGUUCACCGUUACCGCCAGAAAGAACACGUACGGAUAGCAAUCAGAAUUAUUGCUGCGUAGACUCGUAUUCUUUAGAACAAUAUAGUACGACGCAGAGUAGAGUAGUACCGAAAAGGUACGUGUCGAAAGUUGCAACUUCGCCAGGCAUGGUGAUUCCACCGGAAAUUUUGACCGAGUGUCUCAGUAGCAUGGGUAGAAGCAAUAAUAUAAGAACGAACAAAACGCAAUGCGAUAGAAAUAGGAACUGUAAACCCAUCAUUCACGACGCGAAGUAUUGCGGAGCAGGUGAAUCCCCACGAAGACCAUCUGUAGACUUCUUAAAGAAUACAAAAUACACGUGCGAACAUCAGUGUGAGAUUUCGACGCUUAUCGAUAAAUCGAAGCACGAGGCACGACAUAACAUUUCGGAUAUCCACAGUCGCAAGCAAUGGGAACAAAACGUUAAAUUGUCUGCAAAGAAGCAACAAAAAAUGAUGAAAAAAUCGAGGUAUCCCGCGAAUCGUACCGAUUCGGCCAAAUCCGAAGAAGAAGCGGCUACUAUGAUACAGGCAACAUACAGAGGAUAUAAAGUUAGAAGAAAAUUUGAUGAAAUCAAAAAAUCGUCUUCGGAAGAGAAACAGAACGUCCAAAAAGUGGCUGAGUUGUUGUCGAUGAGUCAAUCUGGCUGGCCACUUCAAAAAUCACUAAAUUCUGUUAAAGCAUCAAACAGUAUUGCAAAUCAAAAUAAAAAUACAUUACAUCAUAUCUAAAAAAAGAGAAAGAAACGCAAAGAUUAGUUGUGUAAUGUUGUAAAUGUCUAGUAGUAAAUACACAUAUCAUAUUUAUAACAAACGAAAAAAAGCAAUCUUGUGUGUACUAA